UUUUCUCCCGGCCGGCGGCAGCGGCGCUAGGAGCGGUAGUGGCGGGGUGGCUACGGGUCCCACGACGACCUGGAACCGGAACGUGGAGAGAUGUGCGAGCCUAGCAAGCAGGACUUGGUUGCUGUCUUCAAGCGGCUCCGCGCCAUUCCCACUAACAAGUUAUGUUUUGACUGUGGAGCAAAAAAUCCAAGCUGGGCAAGCAUAACUUACGGGGUUUUCCUCUGUAUUGACUGCUCAGGGACUCAUCGCUCGCUUGGAGUUCACUUGAGUUUCAUUCGGUCUACAGAAUUAGAUUCAAACUGGUCAUGGUUUCAGUUGAGGUGCAUGCAGAUUGGAGGAAAUGCAAAUGCUUCUGCAUUCUUUCAUCAGCAUGGUUGUGCCACAAAUGAUACCAAUGCCAAGUAUAGCAGUCGUACUGCGCAGCUCUACAGAGACAAGGUUAGAUCCCUUGCAGCUCAGGCAACACGGAAAUACGGCACUGAUUUAUGGAUAGAUGGCUGCGGAGUCCCUCCUUUAUCACCUCAAGAGAAAGAAGAAGACUUCUUUGCAUCUCACAGCUCUACCCGGGUAAUUGACUGGGAAUCAUCACAACAGAAAACUAUUAAUCCACAGCAGAACUCUUCAGAAAAUAAUUCAGAAAGCAAAGAUGAAGAUCCAGAAUGUGGACCAAGUGUCGAUUACCUUAGUGUAUCACCUCAAGCUUCUUUAGCCAACUUGGAGAAUGUAAAUACUUCAGGCACUGCACCUAACAAAGAAGUCAGUUGUGUGAUGAAGAAGAAACCAAAUCAAGUGAAAAAGGGACUUGGAGCUAAGAAAGGUGGUUUGGGGGCGCAGAAAAUGAGCAGCAAGAGUUUUAAUGAGAUGGAAAAACAAGCAUUGGCAGUAGAUAAACUGAAGGAAGCCAGCAAAACAACGGAGAAGGAAGAACCGCUGGUAUCAUCUUUACGACUGGCCUACAAAGAUCUUGAAAUUCAAAUGAAGGAUGAAAAAUUAAAUGUGUCCGGUAAAAAGAAAGCAGAGGUAGAAAGACUUGGCAUGGGAUUCAGUAGUAAUAGAAGUGGUAUUUCCCAUUCAGUAAGUUCAGAUAUGCAGAUCAUAGAACAAGAAAUACCUACAAGUGCAAAACCGAGAAAAAAGUAUAAUGAUGAAGAUGACUUGUAUUUUUCUUGCCCCAAUUCAAGGUAUUUUGAUUCCUCUGACUUGAGAAGUAGUGCUUUUUCUAAAUGGGAUGACAAUUCUGAUUCAUUCUGGAAGAAAGAGAGCAGCAGCAGCAGAGAUGUGGAUAUGAUUCUGUCUUCCAAGCCUGCAAGCCAUUCAGAGAGACCGUCGUCCCGUAGGAAACCAGAGCAUGAAAUUUUUGCAAGCACAGAUGAGGCACAAAAGAAAUUUGGCAGUGCAAAAGCUAUUUCAUCAGAUAUGUAUUUUGGAAAGCAAGACCAUGCUGAAUAUGAAGCUAGAGUUCGGUUAGAAAGGCUUUCGGGAAGUGCUGCCAUAAGUUCAGCUGACUUGUUUGAAGAUCAAAAGAAACAGCCAUCAGGCAGUUACAAUAUUUCAAACGUCUUGCCUGCUGCUCCUGAUAUGACUCAGUUUAAACAGGGAGUGAAGUCUGUUGCUGGAAAGCUUUCUGUCCUGGCAAAUGGAGUCAUGACUUCUAUUCAGGACCGCUAUGGUUCUUAACCAUUUCUGUUCAGCUGACUGGAUAUCUAGAAGAGUUUUUUAAAAACAUCUCUGUGUCUACCAGUGAUCAUACUGCAGAUCUAACAGUCGCCUUUAGGGUGUAAAAUAUUUUAUCCUAAUUUGUUUGGUACUUUUAUGUUUGUAAUGGGAGUCUUUUUUGGUUCCUAGUGAUACUCAUUUACUACUUCUGUUCUUAUUCUGUUAACUUUUUUUUUUUGCUGCCUUAUUGUGCUACAAGUAAUUGGUUACCCUGAGUCUGAUUCUAAAAUAGAACACGAAGAAGAAAUAAGGAAUGCCAUUCUCUCACAGAAUAGUAUUAGACUAAGAAUUAACUCCUUUUUAUAAACUUGAGGGAUGAAUGAUCAUUUUAAAUUACAAUGACUGUGGCCUGCUCAUAAAUUACUUUUCUUUAUCUCUCUGAACACGAGAGUGGCAAUUAAUUUUGUGCCUUUUCUGUUAUAGAAAGUAGUAUAUUUUGGUACGGGGGGGCAUUAACCCUACCAAGACAUUUCACUCUAUGGAGAUUCAGGUAAUUGAUGGAACACACGCACACACCUAUUUAAGAGUAAGAAGGAUUAAGAAAUGCAGAUGCCUAUGAAAUGUGGGUGUUCUUAUGUGAGAGAUGAUGGGGUGGGGCAGGGGGAGAUUUCUAGAAAAGGGACAGAAUCCAACAUAAACUUCAGCACAAAGUUAAAAGUGUAUAAUUUUGUGUUGGAUUGUGUUUAGGUAUCUCGAUAGUAAACAGUAAUAGAUCUGUAUAUGAGAGGUAACUGAAAGUCGGUAUGUGCAAUAGAAAAUUAAAAUAGGUUUUGUUGCAUUCGUUUUUUGUGUAAGCUUGGUUUCAUGAAAAUGAGACUCAUGUGUUCUGUAUUUAAAAGAGCAUAGGCUUGACAUAUUUAUUCAUCGCAUUUAAUUUGAUUCUUCAAGUGCUUUUUGGCAAUCAAUAUGGUAACUAAAAUGAAGAAUAAAUCAUUUGUAUGUAUAUAUAAACUGAA